AUAAUUAUGUCGUGAUUUUUUUCUUGGAGAUCGGUCACAAUUGUUUGAAUAGUGUUUAGAUUGUACGGAUAAUAUAAACUGUUGCGCGGCCGGAGGGAUUGCUUGUGGUGAUUGUGCUUCGUUGCAUGAAGGGAAUUCGAUUUAACAUGGAUAAACGUCGUCAGAUCAUUCAGGCCAUAAUAAUUUCUAUUCUAGUCCCAGCCAGUUUGUGUGUAGAAGAACCGGAGCCCGAAGUAUUUUUACCACCCAGAAAUUUCAACCCCCACCCUUACGAGGCUAAGACAAACUUGCGGGAUAGCGGACCGGUGGUGUUUCCAAAUAAUCAAGAGGAUGACAACGAGGCAAGGGGUAGGAAUAAUAUAGUAACAAUACCAAGACAAACCGGUCACCCCGUAGAUAAUCACCCCUACCCCAAAGUGGCAACCAAGAACAGAUACACGAGUCGACUGGCUGGAAAGUACCACAGGAAAGAUAAUUCUGUGCAGCCAAAUGUACUUCGGGCAUUGUCUGUUCAUGCCAAUAAGGUCCUUACCAGACCUGUUGAAUAUUUGAGGGACGAGUAUGAAGUUGUUCCUGCUCCAAUAUACAAGAAGAACGGCGGAUACGCAUUUUCAUACAAAGUUUUGGAUCACUUAACCGGCGACGAUUUCUCUCACAGACAGUCGCAAAACUCCAAAGCCACAAAAGGCGAAUACCGAGUGAAACUACCAGACGGAAGAGUACAAAUAGUAUCCUACACUGCGGACAAAAACGGUUACAAAGCGGAAGUCAAGUACCAAGAAGACACUGUCACAAACCAAGUCGCCCAAGAACCGGCGGUUCAAAUACAGAAAGUGCCUGUGAGAAGAUUGAAGCCAGCGCAACAAUUGUUGGAUUACUUCGACAUAAUCCAGCCGGUUAAGCCUACUCCGGUUGUGUACGUAACGGAUGCGCCCCCUGUAGACGCCGACUAUUCGAAUUAUGUCACCCCUCAACCAGGUGACAUUCUCAUACCUCACACCGUUGUUGAGAAACCAAAGGUCCAGCCCAAAGUGCAGAUCAUCACCACAAACCCGAGGGAUUACAGUCAAGGCAGUUAUAUUCCGGUCAACGUGUCUCCGGUGUAUCUCCAGCAUCCGAACGUUGUAUCCACAACUCCUUCACCUCUGUUUGAAUCUCACAAUCAGUACGUGUCCACUACUUUAUCGCCGUUGGUAAUAAACAACGGGCAUCACGGCCAUAUUGUUCAGAAGACGCAACAGGACUAUGCAGUACACGGGGAUGAUGUGUUUCUGCUUACAACAGUUGCUCCAAGUACUGUAGCCCCCAAAGAUAUUUUGGUGAACGGUGAAAGAUAUACACUACUUAAAAAUCACAUUUCAAAUUUACAAUUUAAGAAAAAGUAGUAUAGUAGAAUUAAAAAUAAAAUAAAUAAUUUGCGUUUUGAUGUUAUGUAUAAAAUGUAAUUGGCAUGAUACAAUCUAUAAUGAAUAUAAAUUAGUUAAUCAUGUCGCAAAUUCACAAUGUUACUUUAGUUACCUUA